AUGACCGUGAACAUGGACUACUUCGCUAUCAACGCCAUACAGGCCAUCUCAUCCCGCAUCGUGAACGCUGUAACGUCCAACCCGACAGUUUACCUCAUCUACGCCAUUCUCACGACGACAUUGACCCUAUUUCUCUGGACGAAAACAAGGAGACGGACAAACGGCCUACCUCUGCCGCCUCAACCGCCCUCGAAGCCUAUUCUGGGCCACUUGACGGAUUUAAUCAGGGAAAAUCAAGCGCGGCGAUGGCAUUUGAAGUUGGAAGGUUGGGCAAGAGAGUAUGGUGCUAUAUUCGGAGUAAGGACUGGGUAUAUUGUUGAUUACUACAUCAACUCUGAUGUUUUGGUCAAGAAUCAGAGGAAGGUCAUUCAGCAGCUUCUCACGAGUCCCCAGCAAGCGGGGAAGAUUGUGCCGUUUCUAGAAUACGAGACAAUGCGGUUCCUUCGCGAUAAUGUCCUUGAACCAUCAGGCGGACUUUCGGGGCUUCAGCUCUUGAGAGGUAUUGAGCGGUAUACGUAUAGCGCAUUCGCGAUGGUUAUUAUGGGCAUGGAUGUGCCUGACGCAGAUGACUCGGUCAUCGACUUUCUUCAAGAAUCGGAAUACCAGAUCAUAAAUACCUUCCCUGGCACCAACAUUAUCGAUCUCGCCCCUUCUUUGGGGAAGUUGCCCCUCUUCCUCAAGCCCUGGGAGAGACAUGGACGCGCAAGAUACAGACGCGACCUCUCAUGGGGGAUGAAACGAGUCAAGAUUGUCGAAGAGGCAAUAGCAAGAGGAGAUUCCUCAUUCGAAGAGACUUUCUUGGGUUCUGCUUUGGCCGAUGAGAAUCUCAAGGGUAUGUCUUGUAAGGAGGAGCUUGCGAUUUUGAGCUCUGCUUUGAUUGUUGCUUCUGCGGAUACUAGCCGAAUGACGACAUGGUCGUUCGUCGAGGCCAUGUUGCAGUUUCCCGAAGCUCAAGCCCGAGCACAAGCUGAAAUCGAUAAGGUCGUUGGUGAUAGACCACCAACAUACGAAGACUACGCGCGAAUUCCAUACAUCCGCAUGCUCCUCAAGGAAGUAUGGCGGUGGAGGCCGCCGGUGGCGCUGGGACAUCCUCACAUCACCUCGCGCGAGGUGGAGGUUGGGGGGUACAGGCUUCCCAAGGGGGCACGAAUUCACCUUAACGCAUAUGCGAUUAGUCGAGAUCCCGCGAGACACGAAGAUCCUGAUCGGUUUUGGCCAGAGAGGUUUGAGAAUGACGGGACCACUACGAUGGAAAGCAUCAACGCGCAGGACCCGACAAAGAGAGACCACUUUGCCUUCGGCGCCGGUCGUCGCGUUUGUCCCGGAUACACCGUUGCAGAACGUUCCGCCGUCGUAACAAUGAUGCGUAUCCUCUGGGCAUUCAAAAUCUUGCCUGCCGAGGGAGCCAAGACGCCGUUAGAAUUUGCUGAUUACGCUGAUUCAUUGCCUGGGAACCCGGGAAAGAAUAUGCCUGUGAGAUUCCAAUGCCGGAGUGAGGAGAGGAAGCGCGUGAUUCUCAAGGCUUUCGAGGAGAUGGAGAGUGGAAGGAGCAAGAAGUACCUCAAUCGGCUCCUCCAACCGGACAAAAUGAAGUUCUCCAUAGCAGCUCCUGUCCUCCCCUUCAUGACCGGCGUCACCGCCGACUCCGCGGCUGACGACGCCCUCCUCGCCCAGCGACAAAUCUACCCCGCCUGCGCGACAUGCAACAACGGGCGCGAGUCUCCUUUCCCUAUCGAAGCGAACUGGAGCGGGUACGCUCUUUGCUGCAACAACUUUGGACCCAACCCUCCUAUACGAUGA